AUGACUAUAAUACUACAAAUUGAACUGAAGCAAAUUUUUCUUUAUCAUAAUUGCAGAUUCUACAUGCUGAUCACUGUUGGAGGUGUCACCUCUUCCUUGGAAAUCAUGCAAAACCAAAGCUUUGUAACUGAAUUUGUUCUCCUGGGGCUUUCACAGAAUCCAAACGUUCAGAAAAUAUUAUUUGUUGUAUUUUUGUUUGUCUAUAUUGCAAUAGUUGGGAUAAACAUGUUAAUUGUAGUAACCAUCCUCAGCAGCCCUGCACUACUGGGAUCCCCCAUGUACUUCUUCUUGGCUUUCCUGUCCUUCCUAGAUGCAUGCUUCUCCUCCGUCUUCACCCCGAAGAUGAUCGUGGACUCCCUCUAUGAGAGGAAAACCAUCUCCUUUGAAGGCUGCAUGAUGCAGCUUUUUGCUGCACAUUUCUUUGGUGGGGUGGAGGUGAUUGUCCUCACAGCCAUGGCUUAUGAUCGGUAUGUGGCCAUUUGCAAGCCUUUGCAUUACUCUUCCAUCAUGAACCGAAAGCUCUGUGGAUUUCUGUUGGGGGUAGCCUGGGCAGGGGGCUUCUUGCAUUCCAUAAUACAAAUUCUCUUUAUUUUCCAGUUGCCCUUUUGUGGUCCUAAUGUCAUUGAUCACUUCUUGUGUGACUUGUAUCCAUUACUGGAGCUUGCCUGCACCGACACUCACAUCUUUGGCCUUUUUGUGGUCGUCAACAGUGGCUUUAUCUGUAUCAUAAUCUUCUCCUUUUUGCUUGUCUCCUAUGGUGUCAUCUUGUUCUCCCUGAGAACUCAUAGUUCUGAAGGGCGGAGAAAAGCUCUGUCUACCUGUGGAUCUCACAUUACUGUUGUGGUUUUGUUCUUUGUCCCGUGCAUAUUUGUAUACGCACGACCUCCAUCUGCUUUCUCCUUUGACAAAAUGGUGGCAAUAUUUUACACCAUCCUAGCUCCCUUGCUCAAUCCUUUGAUUUAUACUUCCAGGAAUAAGGAGGUAAAAAAUGUCAUGAGGAAAGUAUGGAAUGGGUUGGUGGCGGUUUCUGAUGGAAAAUAA